AUGAGCGAUGCACAAGAGAGACUGUGCCAACUAUGCGCCAGAGCAGCAGCUCAGGUCGAAGAGGAAUGCACGCAGCUCCUUCAUAGCUCAGAGCGCAGGAGCGCCGACGAUCUCUCUGGCUGCGGUCACGCGUUGGUAAGCCUCCUCGCAGAGCAAGCUUCGCAACUCGCCCGCGCAUACAGAACAGAGCUGGCUGGGCCUACAUCGGAACAAUCGCCUUCAGCAGAGCACCAACUCAUUCUGAGGAGAUUAGACGAUAUAAUAUCCAUCGCAUAUGCUAAGUUCUACGCAUUCAUCUUCAAGGACCUUCCGGCUUGCUGGCGACAGCUGUACACAGAUGCAAGCAUCCUCAAGUUCUGCUUGCUGGUCUAUGAACGUAUCUCAAGUCAUAGGGAUCGUCGCAGAGUUACGACUAGGGACGAUAAAGGUGUCCUGGACAAGCUCAUCAGAUGCCUGGAUCUGGCUCUGAUACUUGCCGGGGCUGCUGGCGAAGAUAGGGGUCGAGCCUGGAUCGAUCGAGCAUUUGGCCUGCUUCAACAAUGGUGGGAUGCUGCACAAAUCAGCGAGGAAAGCUUUGAUCUGCCUGAGAGGCCCGCAAAGCGUCCAAGGUGGGAUAAAGAUACGGAUGGCAGUUUACACCCCCAAUUCACAGGCAAGUGCUCUUUCUCUCGAUUUGAGCCAUUCACACCACCAGUCCAGCAUCCUAUCAAGCGCGUCUCUUCGAUGUCCAUGGAAGACUUUCAAGGCCACAUGAAGCACGUUUCCAAGGCAGUUCCGGGACCGGAACCGGUCAUACUAACGGACGUCCCUGACGACUGGCCGGCACGCACCACCAGGCCCUGGCAAAACCCUGAUUACCUUCUCUCGCAAACCUUCAAUGGGCGCCGACUAGUGCCGGUGGAAGUCGGCCGCAGCUACGUGGAUGAGGGCUGGGGCCAGAAGCUCGUCACCUUCAAUGAGCUUUUGGAAAGCUACGUUGAUCUCUCUCGGCCAUCAUCCGAUCCUGGGUCCACCAAGAACCCUAACGAUGAACCUCCUCCAAUUGUGUACUUGGCUCAACAUCCCCUCUUCACGCAGCUUCCGGGAUUGAGGAACGAUAUCAUGAUCCCAGAUCAUUGUUACACGUCGCCUCCCCCACAUCCGACAGACUCAAGCAUUGAUCAGCCGGAAUUGGAUGAGCCAUUACUUAACGCUUGGUUUGGUCCGCCAGGCACGAUAACCCCACUACAUACCGAUCCAUACCACAACCUCUUGGUACAGGUCGUUGGUCGUAAGUACGUACGACUGUAUUCGCCACUGGAGACGCAACGCAUGCAGGCUCGCGGCAAGGAAGACGGCGUAGAGAUGGGCAACACGAGCCUACUGGAUGUGGGGGUAAUGGAAGGCUGGGAUCGUAUCUGCCAAGAUCAUGACCAGGUCGUCCAAGAUCAGGAAGCGGCGGAGAAGAUGCGGCAGGCGUUCAAGCAUGUCCCAUUCGUGGACUGUAUACUCGAACCCGGAGACACCCUGUACAUUCCCAUUGGCUGGUGGCACUACGUACGAGGGUUGAGUGUCAGCUUUUCCGUCAGCUUCUGGUGGAAUUAG